AUGGGCGAGUUCUUGUUCAACAUUGACCACGGAUAUUUGGAGGCGUUGACACGUGGAUUGAAGGGAGGGCUCUUGGCUCAAUCGGACUACGCCAAUUUGGUGCAGUGCGAGACGUUGGAAGACCUGAAACUCCACAUCCAAUCGACGGACUACGGAAACUUUUUGGCCAACGAGCCGGGAGCGAUCACCGUUCAAGUCAUCGAUGAGAAGCUUAAGGAGAAGCUGGUCACCGAGUUCACUCAUCUCCGUAAUAAUGCUCUCGAGCCUCUUGCCACUUUCUUGGAUUAUAUCACUUACUCGUACAUGAUCGACAACAUCAUUCUGUUGAUCACCGGAACUCUUCACCAACGUCCAAUCAGUGAGCUCAUCAACAAGUGUCAUCCACUCGGAUCGUUCGAACAAAUGGAGGCAAUCCAUAUCGCGUCGACACCCGCCGAGCUCUACAACGCCGUUCUUGUCGACACACCAUUGGCCAACUACUUUGUCGACUGCAUCAACGAGCAAGAUUUGGACGAGAUGAAUGUUGAAGUCAUCCGUAACACUCUCUACAAGGCCUACAUUGAGGAUUUCUACAAGUUUUGCGCUGGACUCGGCGGAAAGACCGCUGAAGUCAUGUGCGACAUUUUGGCUUUCGAAGCGGAUCGUCGUUCGAUCAUCAUCACCAUCAACUCAUUUGACACCGAGUUGAGCAAAGACGAUCGUCAAAAGUUGUAUCCACGUUGCGGAAAACUGUAUCCGGACGGACUGAACUCGUUGUCACGUGCCGAUGAUUACGAUCAAGUGAAACAAGUUUGCGAGUAUUACGCCGACUAUAAGCCACUAUUCGAAGGAUCUGGAAAUGGGCCAGGAGAGAAGACUUUGGAGGAUAAAUUCUUUGAACACGAGGUGAAACUCAAUGUUCACUCGUAUCUUCAUCAGUUCCAUUUCGGAGUCUUCUACGCGUUCAUUAAGCUCAAGGAACAAGAAAUGCGUAACAUCAUCUGGAUUGCCGAAUGCAUCUCGCAACGACACCGCACCAAGAUUGACAACUACAUUCCGAUUCUGUAA